GGCCGGUUGACAACCGUCCUGGGAGGCAUAACUCAGGGCAGCAUUUCUCAAUCUACACACAUGAACGGGGUUAGCAUCAAGCUAACGAUGCUAACUGCCAACCUUUGGAGAUAUUUAACAGUUAUAUAAGAGGAUUUUCAACAAAGAGGUUAGCACACAUUGCUGUGACUGGUCGGUGUCCUCCAGUUGCAGCAGAAAUGUUGCCCUCAAACAGCUCCAUGGUGAGGUCUGCUGCAAGGCUGCUGAGAACCUGGAGGCCAGGAUGUGUCUGGUGUCCGUGCAGAAACAUUUCUCUGAAACCCGGAGGUUCGAGACCAAAGACUCUUCCACAGCGGUACCUGGGCCAGCCGAGCCCCUUCACUCAUCCACACCUCAUCAAACAUGGUGAGGUGACCCCGGGUUUGACCCAGACAGAGUUCGAGCUCCGCAGACUCAGGCUGGCCUCACUGAUCGAGGCGCAGGCCGACAGGCUGGGACCCUCCGCCUCCUCCAGCACCCAUGUGGUCGUCUUGUUGUCCCACCCGACCCGCUACAUGACUAACGACAUCCCUUACCCCUUCCAUCAGAACCAGGAUUUCCUUUACCUCAGUGGCAUCCUGGAGCCGGACAGUGCCUUGGUUCUGUACGGGACAGGACGCCCGGACCAAGCCAUCCUGUUCGUCCCGCGCAGAGACCCGAGCAGAGAGCUGUGGGACGGCCCGCGGUCGGGGAAGGAUGGAGCGGCGGCUCUGACCGGCAUCGAGAGAGUUCACUGCACAGAAGAACUGGGUCUGGUUCUCAAGAGCCUUAAAGGUGGGGGGGAGGCUUUUCGGAGAACGAUGGCUAUGUGUCGAGGAGACGUGGAUGAAGCUGUGAUCUUUGCUAAGUUUGAUUUCGAGAAUCGGAUCCAUGGCGCCAACUUCCUGGCCUACCCGCCUGUCGUUGCCGGGGGAAACCGAGCCAACACUCUGCACUACAUCAACAACAACCAGAUCAUCAAGGAUGGUGAGAUGGUGCUGCUCGAUGGAGGCUGUGAAUACUUUGGUUACGUCAGUGAUAUCACUCGGACAUGGCCAGUGAAUGGAAAGUUCAGCCCUGCGCAGGCGGAGCUGUACGAGGCGGUGCUGGAGGUGCAGCGCUCCUGUCUGUCCAUGUGUUCGCCGGGCGUCAGUCUGGAUCACAUCUACAGCAGCAUGCUGGCUCUGCUGGGGCGGCAGCUCAGGAGGCUCGGCGUCGUGAAGGCCAGCAGCAGUGAGGCUGAUGUACUGAAGGCUGCACGGCGGUACUGCCCCCACCACAUUGGACAUUACCUGGGGAUGGACGUCCACGACACUCCUGAGCUGUCCCGCUCACAACCUCUGCAGCCGGGGAUGGCCAUCACCAUAGAACCAGGGUUGUACAUAGCCGAGGACAACGACCAGGUGCCCAAGCGUUUCCGUGGAUUGGGCAUCAGGAUAGAGGACGACGUGGUGAUCCGAGACGAGGGAGGCGCUCUGAUUCUGUCCUCAGACGCACCAAAGACCAUCGCUGAUGUAGAGGAAGCCUGCGCCCAGAGAUAAAGGCAGGGAGAGACAGACAGGUGACAAAGUGAGACACUUCCUCUGUGGGCUGGGAGUUUCCAAACGUCUCCACCGUGAUGACAUCAUCCGGCCCAGGGCCCAGGUACAUGAAAGGUGGGAGCACAUUGCAAAGACUCUGGUUUUAGCCUCAGCAAGUUCUCCAAAAUACAGACAAUAUGAUGUGGAAGAUCAUAAAUGUUGACGUCUUUCUAACUGUUUAAAGAAACUGGAUCGUAUUUGUCUUCAACAGUGAGUGAUUAUGAAGAGGUAUAAAGGGUGGGUUUAGUUGUGUGUAUGGAAUAGUUUGAAGUUGGUUUGCAUAGCGUACUGCUUAGCCAUAAUUGGUGUGAUACCUACAGUAGAUGACAAAGUUUGAUUAAAAACAAACUUAACUUAUCGAAAUACGAAAGCUGUUGGUCUAUUACUGCCUUGAUCAGUUUGAUUGGUUCGUUUUUGGUUAGUCGAACAAUAACGCAAGUAAACAAACUUAACAAGGCGGUGGUAAACCAGCAUGUUCUUCGUUCUGCAAGUACAUCGCUUAACUGAUCAGAUAGAUAGAAGUAGAUAACCAUCUACUGUAGCUAAUACACUAUGACUAUGGAUAAGUUCUUCAUCCAAUCCCACUUCCAAAAAUCCUAAACCAUCAGUUAAAGGGGUUAUGAUGUGGCUAUGGAGCCUACGCAUGUAUACCUCACCAUAACAGACGUAUUACUUGUUAAAAUGUAAUUACAAAUCAGGGCUACGGCAGCUAAAACAAAACCACCUUUCUACAAAUGUGUAAUACGACCAUCUAGUGUUGUGAUUGUGCUAUCAGCCGGGAAAUUUCAUCCAGAGCCAGAAAUAAAGAAUCUAGGAACAACUGUUAACCGCUUGCAUCAAGUUUAUGUUCAGCUGAAGACUCCGUGGUGAGAUCAAACUACCAUGGACUCAUCUUCAUCCUUAAAACCCGUUUGCUUCUAAACAAUAUUGUUUUUAUUACCAGUAUUACCAUCAUCAUGUCACACAGGGAUAUAAUCAUUUUGUUGUGUAUCUAAAAAAAAAA